AUGAGUCCAGGGCGUCUGGUGAAGCCCUGGUAAGGAGGGGCACAGGCGAGAUGGAUGUGCAACGGAAUACUUGAAGGCUUUCUGAUGUUCACAGCUUCCAGACUAGGUAAGGGGGGGCAGGGCCCCACACACUCGGGCCGCACCCAGUCACCCCCAGACAGAGAUGGGUGGUGGGGGCACGGGUGCAGCACAGGCCACAGGCGGCCAGGCACACUCAGCAGUGCUCUCGCACUCCUGCUCAGAGACUCAAGGCCGUCCAGGACUCCAAACCAGUGCAAACGACUUAUAGUGCAAAUUGAAUUCAGGAGGGACGGGGGACAGAGCCAUGGACGGCUUGUGUCUCAUGAGCAAAGAAGGAGGAAAGGAAAGAAGAGAAAAGACAGAGAAAAGGCUGAAGAGAAGAAGGAGGGGAGGGGGCGUGGUGGUGGGGGGCGCGGCUGGCGGUGGUCUCCAGCCCACAGCUGGGGUGGUGGCAAAGAUGGUAUGGCCGGCGGGGGUGGGGUUGCCGCAGGGGCUGCUCUCAGCGGUGUCAGGCUGAUGGAUCUCGUUCCUUUGCUUAACCUGGAGAUAACAGAUAGGACAGGACCUGUGGGUGGGGGCAAGCACCUCCUGGCGUCCGGCCUUCGGUGGCUGGCAUGCACGUCCACCCCCGCUGGAGACCUGACUGGGGAGAACGGAGAAGGCCCUGGUUGA